AUGGCGUUCCUGUCUUCCGACGCUCGCCCUUCGUUCGUGGCGCGUAUUCCGAACGGCAACGGCGUGUCUGGUGUCGCUGCACUCGGCCACGCGAGUCCUUCCGGCGGCGGCGCGACGAAUGCUUUCGGCGAGGCUUUCGAGGCCGCCGGACACCAGUGGACGGCGGAGCUGUGUCAAGCAGACUCAGACGGCGAUGGAGCCACGAACGGUGAGGAGCUGGGCGAUGCGUGCUGCUCCUGGACGCCCUCCACUGCGUUGUCCUCGACGCUGUCCCCGACGCACCCAGGCGUGCCCAACAGCUUCACGGCUGCCCAGCUCUCUGCCAUGAAAUGCGGCGGCGAGGCUGACCUCGACGCGAGCGCUUCAAGUGUUGCUUCUGCCUCCUCCAGCGGCUCGUUUGGCGACGUGGUGGCUCCGGACGACCAGCCUCGCUUCUCUCCGGGACCGAAACUCGACGAAACGCCGCAAACUCACGUCACUUCGGGUGCUGGACGCCAGCAAACCUUCGUAGCUGCUAUCUGCUGCCUGAGUACCGCGCUGGUGCUUGCGUAG